GUCAGUAUCUACCUGUGCUGGCGAUACAAUCGCGCGCUCUCAUUCAAUAACUGGAUUAGAAAAAACAUGGCUUACGCUAAACAUUCCACGAUUUGUUUGUUGCUUUGUGGAAUUUUACAUGUAUUCAUCGAGGCCAAAGACCUGAAGAUGGCCACUGUCCUGGCCGAGCCUUACCUCUACGAGAACAAUGGCGGCAAGUACACUGGGUUUCUACCGGACCUGUUCGAGCGAAUGCAGCUCAACGUCACUAUAGAGAAGAAGAGCGAAUAUGGAAGUCAGGGACCGAAUGGCACCUGGACCGGCCUCAUGGCAGACAUUCUCGACAAGAGGGUGGACUUUGCUGGUCCUCUCACGGUGACGGUCAAGCGGAUGAUGGUGGCCGAUUUCUCCUACCCCCUCAAGUCGGUGGGGCCGGUGAUCGUGAUGCGGAAGCAGACCACUAAGCGCUCCAUGCGGGACGACAUCUCACUUCCGUUUAGACCUAUGGAGGCGACCGUCUGGCUACUAUUAGCUCUGUGCUUUUUGGUGACGGGCACGAUCCUUUAUAUCAUCUCCCACUUCAACCCGUACGAGUGGCGCCGGAUGGGUAAGGAUCGAGAGGCGACUCUCCGUGAGCAGGAGUCCUUCACGUGCUUCAACUCGUUCUGGUUCGUGCUCAGCGCCUUUUCCCUUCAAGGUUACGUGAGGACGCCGCGCUCUAUGGGUGCACGGGUGCUCGUGCUGGCCUGGUGGUUCUUCGUGCUCAUCAUCCUCUUCUUUUACGUGGCCAAUCUUGUGAACUUCCUGCGCGCCAGCGCCUCCACAUCCGGGCAUUCCAAGAUUAGGGGAUUCAAAGACCUUGCAAGAAACGAGGAAAUCCGCAUCGGCAUGGUGUAUCGCGGAGCGACGGAAGAGUACUUCAAAAACUCAGUGAACGACCAAGAUAAAGAUAUCUACGAUAAGCUAAUAGAAACGCGCAAAGAGAUUGCGGAGUACGAUGCCUCGGAGAGCGACAAGAUGAAAAGCGGCGGCCUCCAGGCGCUCUUCCGGUACCUGCGUACCGGGCCGUUUUCAGACUUCACCCUCAUACUAGAAUCCGACACAGCGACGUACUUUUCAAAUCAGUUGCCGUGUGACCUGUCUAUGAUUACUGAAGGCCGCGUGAACAGGCAGCUAGCGUUCGCCUUCCCCAUUGGCUCGCAUACGCUGGAGGCGGAGCUCAACCAGAAGUUGCUCACUCUACAAGAAACAGGAGUGCUUAAAGAGCUUACCGAUCAUUGGUUCAGUUCUGAGUGUUCCGAUUCGGGGGACUCUCUGAUCGAUAUGACUAACGCUCCGUCGAAGGCUUACGCCGUCGGCUUAGCGGACAUUUCCGGCGCGAUUCUGGUACUCGUCGUGGGCAUUGUACUUGGCGGCAUAAUUACGGCAAUCGAAUUCUGCAUUUACAGAUGGGCCGAAUCGCAUUCGGACGACGAUGUCGAUCGUGCUGAAAAAACUAGAAACCUGAACGUCAGCGACCAACUUCUUGCGGGCGAUAGUAGACCAGGGGGCGCAACUCAAGUAUAGCUCAAUAUAUAAAUCGCUUCAUUUACCUCCCUUGUUACGCUCUUCUUCGGAUGCCCGUUUAUCUACGAAGAAUGACACGACUCGGCGUUCACGCUUACGACAGUACGUGGAAGGAAUAAGAAGAUGAAAAACAUAAACACCAUUUGGACUUUUAUGCCAUGUCGUUUUAUGCUAAAUUCGCCAAAAAAUAUACAUACAUUUAUUAACUUUAUUUGGAAAGCAUUGGUUUCGUAAAUAUUUAAUAAUCUCCAUCUAAAACAAUGUUUUCACUGCAAGUACAGAACAUAGUACCAACUACUCAUGGGUUCACUUUGCUCAAACCGACUGUCAAUACAUACAAAGUUGUUAGAUAUGUUUUCACAAUUUAAUGUUUGUAUCUUUUUUUGCUUUAUUAGAUUAAAAAAAAUGAAUAUUUGGGCUGUGUAGGGGGUUAAAGACAAAAGGGAACGUUCGGAUACGAGGACAUUUAUAUGUGUCGUGUUCUGAGAAAACUGGGCAUAAUUCAUGUGCGUAAAGUGUCGUCCCAGAUUAGCCUGUGCAGUCCGCAUAGGCUAAUCAGGGACGACACUUUCCGCCUAGAUUUGAUUUUUUCUAAGAAGAGACUUCAAUUAAACGAAAAAUGUCAUGAAAGCGGAAAGUGUCGUCCGUGAUUAGCCUGUGCGGACUGCACAGGCUAAUCUGGGACGACACUUAACGCACAUGCAAUAUGCCCAGUUUUCUUAGAACAUAACACAUAUUAUCCUUUAUCGACUGUAGUCUCCCAUUAUUGUAGUUUUAAACUACACAGGAGAACCAUUACAGAUUUGUUCGUAUGUCGAAAAAAAAGCGAUAAUGUUAAGGCAUAUUUCGUGAAAUACUGCAAUUGCGUCACCAAAUUCUUCCGUAAAAUUCACUUGAAAUGUCAUAUUGAAUGCCAUGAUUCAGAGUACUUUUGUCUUGUUAAACGACGCCUAUGGCGAAAACGGCGUAGGUUGUGUGUAAAUUGAACUCACUGUACAUUUAUUUAUCAAGUUUAUUAAUUUUGUUAUUUUUUUCUCUCACAUGAAUGUAUUUUAAUAAGCUCCACGUGGUCUGUAAAAAAUCGGAAGAAAUGGUCAGGCGACCCUCUGCGACGGUUUAAACUUGUUAAAUUUGCUUUUAUAAUAUUAUUAUUACUUUAUUUAAAGUUUGCGUUAAUUGCAAGUUUUUUGCUAUAAAAGCUAAUCAUGUUAUUUAUUUUCAGUUUGAUAUAUUUUGCAUUAUAUUAAUUGUAUUAUUUUGUCUGAUGGCAAUUCAAGAAAGUAUUUCUUACUUUGAAAUUAAUAACAAGCUUUAUCGUAUAGCUAUGACUUACAUUUUGAACUCAUUUGUUAAGUGGGCAAGUUUAAAUUUGCGUGGGAGAUUGUGUGCUUGAUACUUUUUUUACAGUCUCAUUAAUGUACCGAGUGUGGUUAAAACAUGUACUUCAGGAAUAAUGAACCAUUUUUUUUCGUGUACGUAUUGCACAGUAUUAUUGUAGACACUCGCGUUUUUGUGCACUUAAUGUAGUUGUUGCAUAUGCAGUUUUUAUAUGACUCGGAGUUUUUUAAUAACCAUUUUGCCAGAUUUGUUAAAAUAUGGUUGCUCUUAUAAAAGAAAAUUCGUUUCGCCGUAUGUUAUUCCGGUGUAUAAAUAAUAUUUUUCCCGGUUUAGCUGAUCAUCCAUUACCCAGAACACUUUACUGCGUUUGUCAGAAGUAUUUGUUUUUGUUCAGUUCUUUUGUUUAGCCAAUAUAUAGAUUUAACAGUUUGACGUCUUACCGAGCAAAGAGAGGCGGUACGCAUGUUUUAAACAUUGCGGCUGCGCUAAAAUCUCGCAAUGCGGGUUCGCUACAUAACUGACCCAUUUCGGCUCAUAUGCAUUACAGUUAUUCAAGCAAACUAAUGAAAAUCUCUCUAAAAUGCACUAUAACAAGAAGGAAAUAUCGUAUUAUACCAUACUUAUGUUAAAAUAAUGAGAAAUCCCACAACCCAUGUGUAUGUCAAUUUAAUUUAACUUUUUUGUUCUCUAUUGAAGGCAUUUGCAUAUUAUAUGUGUACUACCUACUGAGAUUAGGCUGAAGAUGUUAUUGGGGAUCUUAUUCUCCAAAUAACGUCUUUUAUCACUCACUUUUAUAUUAACUGAUUUGUGCCAUGUCAUCAAAAAGCUCUAUGAUUCAAUUCAUAUAGUUCUCAUGUAUAUGAGUCACGUUCUGAGAAAACUGGGCUUAAUGCAUGUGCGUAAAGUGUCGUCCCAGAUUAGCCUGUGCAGUCCGCACAGGCUAAUCAGGGACGACACUUUCCGCCUAAACCUGAUUUUCAGUAAGGAGGGACUUACUUGAAACUAAAAAUACCAUAAAUCGUAAAGUGUCGUCCCUGAUUAGCCUGUGCGGACUGCACAGGCUACUCUUGGACGACACUUUACGCACAUUCAUUAUCCCCAGUUUUCUCAGAACGCGACUCAUAUUAUGGAGCGUUAUAUCAUGUGAUAUGUAGUUCAAUAUCAUCUUUUAACUUUUGCUUCGAAUUGUUUAUUGCCGUUGUUUUUUUCCGGUUGAUUUUAAGAAUUAAAAAAUAUACUCGUAAACUAUUUUAAAUGUUCUUAUUUCGUUCAAUAUAUUCCUCACAUGUUUAGCCUUUUCAGCCUCAUUUAUAUUUUUAGACAUUGUGUUUAAAUUGGUGUUUUUGUCAAUGUAGUAUUUUCGAUUGACGUGGUGUGGUGUUAAUACUCUAAAUUUUAACCAAUUUAUAAAUAAAAUGCCUCACCUAUA